AUGGCAUUACCUUAUGUUGAGCGAAUAUUACGCAUCAAGACCAGACAGUCGAUCGUUGGAGGGCGGAAGCUAUCUGCUGAAUUGCCAACGAGAAAAUGGCAGGUAGAUCUAUGGAUCCUGGGACCCAACGGUGAGGAAAUACCGGCAAACAUUUUUGAAAAAUGUACAUACCGAUUGCAUCCUACUUUUCCACAACCGAUACUGACCAUGACAGAACCGCCAUUUGCAUUGAAACAGCGUGGAUGGGGUGAAUUUUCAUACCCUAUUCAAUGUUUCUUUCUAAACGGAGGCGGUGAGGUCGAGAUUUUGCACGAUCUUUCAUUCCAAGAAAGCAGCUACUACAGUGAUAUUAGGAUCAAGGUACCGACUCACAUACCCGCUCUUCGCGAAGCUUUGAGCUUGAGUGGACCAGUCCCAUCCGUUGUUGAAGCUACCAGUGUAGAUUCAGAUGCGAUGUCCGAUUUGGACAAUUGCAUAAAAAAGCUGGUAGCAGGCAAUGAAGAACUAGUUACUGAUGUGGUAAACCUGAUAUUGCACCAUCCUAGUGUCUCCAGACAAUUGGAAAAAGUCGGUGUUGCAGACCAGUUUGUGUUCGGUCUGCACCAGCUUCCGGAUUUCUUGUUGAAAGAAGUAUCACAAUUCAUUGAUAAACGUCGUUAG